AGGACCGUCUGUUGAGCUGGUGAAAGAAGGCAAGCGUCACGUUUCCUUUUGUGCAUCCUCCGCGCAUCCACCUGCGCCCCCCCUCCCUUGAACCGCGCUCAUGGAGCAGACCCGCACAUCCUACAUGGAGUAAUAAUAACAUCAUCGGACUUCCAUCUUUGUUAUUUUUUUUUUUUGGACCGCCUCCUCAUUGCCGGGGAUGUAAAGUUUAGAUAAUGCCCUGGCUCAGCAUCCUGGAUUGCUAAUAUUCUGAGCAGCAAACUCAAUCUGUCAAAAGUGGACAAAAAUAUGGACUAAUUUUUCUUUUCAACCAUAACCUUCACCAUGGGAUUGUUACAGCUAUUUCUGGUUCUCUGCAUAUUGUGCGCCUCCUCAGUGCAAGGUUUGGGGGUCGACCCAGCUCUGCGCAUCAGCGUGUUGGAUGAACUCCUCGCUGGAGAUGGAUUUGAUGGAGUUACUCAGGUCCAAGGCUUCCAUAGAGAAUCCAGAGCGUUCCACUUUCAAGGUUCUUCCAGGGAAGUGAAAGCCGCCGCUGACGUCUCGCAGCAAAUCGUCCGCAAACUGAAAGGCAAGAACGAGUUCAGCGUGCUGGUGACCCUCAAACAAGAACGUCUCAACUCGGGGGUCAUCCUCUCCGUCCAUCAGUCGGAAAACAGGUUCCUGGAGCUGGAGAGCAGCGGACAACGCAGCGAGGUACGCCUCCACUACCGCACCAAAGGCUCGCAGGCCCGCACCGAGGUUUUCCCCUACAGCCUGGCUGACGACCAAUGGCACAAAGUCUCCGUCGCCGUCAGCGCCUCGCAUGUCAUCCUGCACGUCGACUGCAAUAGGAUCUACGAGCGGGUGGUGGAGGCCCCCGACAUGGACAUACCCGAAGACGGCGCCUCCUUCUGGCUCGGACAGAGAAACUCCGCUCAUGGAUUCUUCAAGGGGGUGAUGCAGGAUGUUGAAAUUGUGGUCAUGCCACAAGGAUAUAUCUCCCAGUGUCCGGACCUGAAUAGAACGUGCCCGACCUGCAAUGAUUUUCACGGACUUGUACAGAAGAUCAUGGAGCUGCAAGAUAUCCUGGCUAAAACAUCCAGUAAGCUGUCCAGGGCGGAGGAGAAGAUGAACGGGCUGGACGGCUGCUUUUGCGAGAGAACCUGCAGCGUCAAGGGGGCGGUCUACCGGGAAGACGAGGGCUGGACGGACGGCUGCAAGAACUGCACCUGCACGAACGGCACGGUGCAAUGCGAGGCCAUCUCCUGCCCACCUCCUCAGUGCCCGGCGGGCACGCUGCCAGCCUACGUGAAGGGCGCCUGCUGCAAGGAGUGUCAGCCCGUGUGCCUUUUUGGUGGGAAGGAGCUGGUGGAGGGCGAUCAGAAGGCUGUGCGUGACUCCUCGAGCAGGUGUCUGCUUUUUGAGUGUAAGGACAGGGCGAUGCAUCGAGUGGUCCCCAGCGAGUUGUGUCCCGAACUCCAAUGUCCCGAGUCUGAUCAGAUCACCUUGAGUGACAGAUGCUGCCAAAUCUGCAGAGGUCACGACUUCUGCUCAGAGGGCCACGGCUGCGUGGAGCACUCGGACUGCGUCAACCUCGAGGCCGGAGCCUGCUGCGUUUGCAAGGACGGCUUCCGACCCCUGCGAGACGAUAACGCCUACUGUGAAGACAUUGACGAGUGCGCUGAAGGGAAACACUAUUGCAGGGAGAACACCAUGUGUGUUAACACCCCCGGCUCCUUCAUGUGCAUCUGCCACACGGGCUACAUCAGGAUCGAUGACUACUCCUGCACAGAGCACGACGAGUGCCUGAGCGGCCUCCACGACUGCGACGAGAACGCCUUGUGCUUCAACAUGGUGGGAGGACACAGCUGCUCGUGCAAGCCGGGCUACGCCGGCAACGGCACCGUCUGCAAAGCUAUGUGUGACGGCUUGUGCCAGAACGGAGGGACCUGCCUCUCACCUAACAACUGCGCCUGCCCGCAAGGAUUCACUGGCAAGAGAUGUGAGACAGAUAUCGACGAGUGUGCGGACGGCUUUGUGGAGUGCGAUAGUAAAUCCACUUGUGUCAACUUGCCCGGCUGGUACCACUGCGAGUGCCGCGACGGCUACCAUGACAACGGCUUGUUUUCCGCCAACGGAGAGUCGUGCGUCGAUAUCAACGAAUGCAAGACGGGCCGUAACACGUGCGCCAACGACACGGUUUGCUUCAACCUGGACGGAGGCUACGAUUGCCGCUGCCCGCACGGCCACAACUGCACCGGCGACUGCGUCCACGACAACAAGGUCAAGCACAGCGGGCAGAUUUGGGUGCUGGACAACGACCGCUGCUCUGUCUGCUCCUGCCAGGCCGGCCAGGUGAUGUGUCGCAGGAUGGUGUGCGACUGCGACAACCCCAAUGCUGACCUCUUCUGUUGCCCCGAGUGCGACCCGCGCUUGAGCAGCCAGUGUCUGCACCAGAACGGAGCGCUGACCUACGGCAGCGGCGACACCUGGGUGGAGAACUGCCAACAGUGCCAGUGCCUGCAGGGGCAGGUGGACUGCUGGCCUCUGCCGUGCCCGCCCGUGGACUGCGAGUUCACGGCGGUGGCCGAAGGCGAGUGCUGCCCUCGCUGCGUGAGCGACCCCUGCCAGGCGGACACCAUCCGCAACGACAUCACCAAGACCUGUGCCGACGAGCACGGCGUCCCGCGCUUCAGCGGCUCCUCUUGGGUCAAGCACGGCACCGAGUGCACCCUGUGUCAAUGCAAGAACGGACACAUCUGUUGCUCAGUGGACCCCAUGUGCCUUUAGUGGCUGGCAAAGGCACCUGUACAGCAUUCUCCAUGUAAAAUACAAGAAAGUUAAAGGGGAAGAAAAAAAAAAGGGAAAAAAAUAUCACCCCCCAACAA